GAGCACUGCGACUCAGCGCGCCCGUUUUACCGUCUCCCGGUGUCGUCUCUCGGCAACAGCGACUCUGAUGGGCGUUUUUAUCUUCCGUUUACCGUCCUCGACGCUUGGAUAUUUUCUGAAGCCUCGAAAUGAAGCGAAUGAAUGUGAGCAACAAGAAGUGUCCUGUUGUUGUGCCUGUCUCCAGCAUCACUAGUAGUCAAGUCCUCUAUGUGGAUGCGCUGCCUCACUGGUGUUUAGUUAUCUUGUUUUCAGAGGAUUUUAUUUAAUGUUCUGUAGUGGACUACCCAACUUUCCCCGCCUCUUUGUUGCCUUUUUUCUUUAGUUUUUCCGGCUUUGAAACAAAGAUUUCAGGAACUCCGGGAAAACCAGCGACUUGACAUCACAGCUCCAGGCGGAAUAACCUUUCUUAGCGGUUAUUCGCCUUUACAAGCAUCUUCUCCUGGCCACGCUGGAAGUCGCCCCCCAUGUGGCCGUCAGGAGUGGGGAGCAGGCAGCCCUGCCCGCGGGAGUCGGCGCUGCGCAGGGCGGCCAUCAGCGGCAACAUCAGCGCUCUGCCGCCGCACGGCGUCCCCACUGGCCGCAGCGUCCGGGUCUUCAUCUGUGCCAACCCCGACGACACAGAGGCAGAGAGGAACGCACUGAAGGAACACGUCUAUCCCAAACUAAGAGACUUCUGCAGGGAGAACUAUGGGAUUGAAUUCCAGGUUGUGGACCUAUAUUGGGGUGUAGACCCAGAGGAGUGGGACAGUCCAGAUCUACAAAGACUCCGAAUGAAGCUGCUGGAGGAAUGUCUGAAGACCUCAGCGGGGCCAUGUUUUGUCGGUCUGGUGGGAGAGAAGUAUGGCAGCAUCCGAGUGCCAGGGGAAGUGGAGUCGGCUGAGUUUGAGAUGAUCUUGGAUGCAGCUGUGGAGGCGGGGCUGGACACACACAUCUUGGAGGAGUGGUACUGCAGGGAUGAGAACUCUGUGCCACCCACAUACUACCUCAAACCCAAAGCCCAGAUGCUCAAGAACUACCAGAACUCUAUGGAGUCGAGCACCGCAGCCAAGACGAAGAACGACAAGGCCUGGAGGAACGUGUCGGAGGAGAUCAAGAGGAUCUUCAGGACGGCGGUGCUGCAGCUCCAGGAGAAAGGGACCAUGAAGAGCGCUCAGGCAAAGAAAUUCCUCUGCUCUGCCUUGGAGGAUGAACUCGAUUUCGCCCUUGGGAAACAAACUCCAGCCUUUCUCAGGAAAUGCGUCUGCUACAUUCGCAAGAUCUCCAACUUCGACCGCUUUGCCAAACUCCCCGAGAUGACCCGCUACAUGGACAUCGUGGUGAGUGGCGACCGCAUUAUGCGCAACCAAGAAGCCUACGAACGCCUUCUGAAGGUCCGGGACGAGUUCAUCCCCACCAUCGUCGCUGCCUCCAACCUCCGUGUCUACUCCUCCGUCACGCAUUGCGACAUGAAGCUCGGCUAUUCGCAGGAAGUGGAGAGCCACUACGUGGAGGGUCUUUGCAAACAGUUCUAUGAGGACAUGGUGGAUAUCAUCCAAGCCACAGUGCAGCAGAACUUUGACACAGAGACCGACCCGCUGUACGAUGAGAUCCUGCAGCACCUGUCGCUGUGUAAAAGCUACGCGGCGCUCUACACGUUCCAGACCGAGUCGUUGGAUUACAUUCAAGAGUAUCUGAUGCCAUCUAAAGGGAGCAGAAUGAGCCCUAUGGUAGUGUACGGGGGGCCAUGCACGGGGAAGACGCUGCUGCUAUCAGAGGUGGCAAAACAGGCCUACACGUGGCUACAGACAGAGAUGGGCCCUGAAACAGAUCCAGUGGUCAUUGUCCGAUUUAUCGGCUCCAGCCAGCUCUCCAUGGACUUACGCACUCUCCUCCAGAGCAUUUGUGAACAGAUUGCACUAAACUACCGCUGCCUGAUUCACUUUUUGCCUAACAAGAUCCAGGAAAUGAGGGAGCUGCUAAUUAACCUUCUGGGGGAAUCCUCCUUCCACAGACCUUUGGUAAUUAUUCUUGACGCCCUUGAGCAGCUCUCAGACUCUGAUGACGUUCGUAAGCUUUGGUGGCUCCCCAUUCACCUGCCUCGGACAGUCCGCAUUGUAGUUUCAACGUUGCCCAACAAACAUGGCAUCCUGCAGAAGCUCCGACACCUCAUCCAUGAUGAAGGGUACUAUGUGGAAUUAAUUCAGAGGGACCGCAAGGUCUGCAGCCAAACGCUAAAGCAGCAGUUGCUCGGGGUGAAGAGAAAGGUCACCUCAGGCCAACAGAUCUAUGUCAAUGAGGCGCUCGCCAAGUGUACUUUGCCAAUGUUUGUCAACCUCAUCUACAGAGAGGUAGUCCAUUGGAGGUCUCACAAAGAUGUGGAUGACAGGUCCUUGUGCUCCACAGUGCAUGAAAGCAUAGAACAGCUUUUUUACUCUGUGGAGAACAAGUUAGGCCAAAGAUUCGUCUUCAGAGCGUUAGGUUACAUCACAAUGGCCAAAGCUGGGCUAACUGAAGUUGAGCUUGAAGACAUUCUGUCCCUUGAUAAUAUCGUUCUUGGUGAUGUUAUUGUGGCAACUUACCUCAAAAACCCCCUGAGAAUCUCUUAUGAUUUAGUUGCAAGGCUCAAAGAGGAGCUGGACGGUUACCUGGUUGAGCGACAGGUGCGAAAUGUCACCUUGAUGGUUUGGGCCAACAGACACCUUCAUCUCAUUGCCCAGAAGCUGUAUCUCAGCAAUGAGGAAGAUGUCCAUCAAAUGCACAGCCUCCUUGCAGAGUACUUCCUGGGAGCAUGGUCAGGAGGCAGAAAGAAGAUCUUCACCUAUGGCAACAACCAUUUCACUUCUCUGAAUAUAUCACAUCAUAAAAACCCCCACAAUCAGUCACACGAAAAAGCACCCUCUGAGAAGUACUCAUACGAUCGACAAACUCCUGAGCAGCCUUGGGUGUUCCAGUGCAACCUUCUGGAGCCUGACAUUUUCUUUGUUAACCACAGGAAGAUGACAGAGCUGGUGUACCACCUUACCAGGAGUGGGCGCACUGAUGACCUCAUGUUUGGUGUUAUCAUGAACUUCAGCUGGCUGUACACAAUGAUCAAAAUCGGCCAGUUUGAAAAGGCUUUAACAGACAUUGACCUUGCUUACAGCUACACCCAGGAAAAGGAACUGAAGUUCCUGGCCACCACUCUCCGUAGCAUUAAGGUUAAAGUGCUGAAAAACCCUGCAUCACUGUCUGCAGAACUGCAGCAAAGGCUCCUGCCUGUUGUCACCUCCCUGCCCAAGCUUCGACACCUCCUGUUGGAGUGUGAUAAAGAUGGUCCAAAGUACUGUUCCAUUGUGCCUCUCCACUCCUCUAUGGAUGUCACCUACAGUCCUGAGAGGCUUCCUCUGUGCUCAAGCUACAUGCAGAUUGUGGAGGUCUUGCCAACUCUAGCCCCAAACAUAGUCCUUGUAGCACUGGAAGAUGGAUCUGUCAGUACAUGGGAUGUAGAGAGUAGACAGCUUCUUAGACAGAUCGACACAGCUCGAUCUGUUGUUCUGGGAAUCCGGCUAACAACUGAUGAAAAGUAUCUGGUUGUGGCCACAACCAAAAACACACUACUUAUUUAUGAUAAUCACAAGUCCUGCCUUCUAUCUGAGGUUGAAAUCAAAGGGUCUAAGCAUAGUGGCGUUGCUGGUGGAGUAGCCUUUAUCAAUGGCUUUACUUUGUCCACCCAUCAUGCCUUGGCGUGGCUUGAGGCCAGCAAAGAUGUCAAUGUUAUUGACCUGCUCUACGGUUGGCCUCUCUACCAGUUCCACUGCUGGUAUGAGGUUACUUGUGUCCAGUGCUCUCCAGAUGGAAUGUAUGCCUUCUGUGGCCAGUACCUCAACACUGCAUCCAUCUUUCAUCUCGGAAAUGGAGACAAGUUGGCCACCGUGACCUCUGAGUUUUCUGGGGGAUUUGUGAAGUCCAUUCUAGUUCUGGACACCCUUCACCAAAUGGUGAUGAUCGACAAUGAAGGAAGUUUGUCAGUAUGGAACACCAAAGAGAUCACCAACCCACGGUUGAUGGAGGACUACGAUUGUCGAGGAGAUGACAGUGAGGUGGUUGGCAUCGAGUUAUCUGAAGACCAACGCUCUAUUCUCAUCUGCAAGGCCAGAAGCAUUGAGAUUCUGGACACUAAAGUAUGGAAAAUGGUAGAGAAGUUCAAAGCCAAACGUACUGAACGUUUCGUGGCCGCUGUCCUCUCCAAGAAUGGACAAAGCAUUGUGGCCUCCAUGGAAAACACCUCCUCCAUCUUUGUUUGGAGGAGGGACAGUGGACAGUGCAUGGCAAGCCUGAUUGAGAUCUCAGGGGCUAUUGUCAAACUCAUCAAAUCAGUUCACCACAACCUGCUCCUUUCUGUUGCCAGCAGUGGAGUGCUGUCUGUUUGGGACAUUGAUAUCAUCACCGCCAUGUCUAAUAUUGACAAAACAGGCAAGAAGAUCCAGACCUUGCAGCUGUCAGGGAGAGAGGAUUAUGUGUUUACCAUGGACGGUUCAGAAGCCGUCCACAAGUGGAACUUCAGCACUGGCUUUAUUGAGACAGUAUUUAAGCACGAGGGCAUAGUGGAGAACUGUGUCCUUACCUCCUCAGGGGAUCUCAUGGUUACUUCGGAUGACAAGUCCAGUCAGUACAUCUGGCAAACCACAACAGGAGAAAACAUAUUCCGCAUCAAUGGACAAAGAAUAUCACAGCUGCUAAUCACCCACAACGACCAGUUUGUGGUGUCCCUUUGUGAGCAGAAUGCUUCCAGAGUCUGGAGGCUUGCGACUGGGCACAAAGUCUGCAACAUCUUGGUCACCCUACAGAAUGCACUGAUCACCACAGCAAACACUUUCCUUGUGGGAACCUCCAAAAACAAGCUCCUUGCUGUCAGCCUGUGGUCAGGCAGUGUUUCCAAGAAGUUUGUAUGCGAUGAUGGCAUCACCAUCGUCAACUUCAAGCUCAUCCCUGACUGCCCUGACUGUGUCGUGUUCAUCACAUCCACGGAGACUGUCUUCAUCUGGAAUGUGGCUGAUGAGUCAGUUUGUCGGCGAGUCCAGUUGCCGACAAACUUCCUUAAAAAUCUAGAGGACUUCCAGAUCUCACCCAAUGGGAAACUAGGCAUUGUCUCCAAAGGUGACGAGAACAUUAAUGUCCUUGAUCUUCACAGUGGGAAGCUGAGGCUUGUCCAUGCUGCUGGUAUAAUCUGGCGCCAAAAAUUAUCAAGAGAUGGGCGCUACCUUGUUUAUGUCUGUUUUCGGAACUGCGAUGAGGACGAUGAUGCUGGUGUUGUGUCCAAUCUGAUAGUGAUGCGUCUUGCAGAUGGUAAAAGCAUUGGCACAUGCUCCCUUUACAAGACACCAACCUUCUUGUCUCUUUCCCAGCGCGCACUUAACAUCAUCAUUGGCUUUGAGGAUGGAAGCAUCGGCACAUACACAGUAGUAGACCGCGUGGAUGCUGCCCUCAAGAUAAAGAUAGCCACCUCCAACAGCCGACAGAUUGUCAACAAUGCCUCGCAGAAGGUGCGGCCCAAAUGUGGCAACCAUUCCUUUAAGACCGUAGCCGACUGCAUUUGGAGGGAGUCAACCGAGGUCUUCUCCAGGGACAGCCCAAUCAAUGUGUCUGACUCUGGUGAAGGUGAAUCGACCACACCUACAAAAAAGACUGAACUGCUGCAGUGAUUGGGAAAUCAGAAGUUGGUGGAGUCAGGACAGGUGACAAAGUUUAGAAUCUCUGGGGUUGCAGUUGAUUCUUGUUUACAGCCACGUGAUUCAGCUGCAGAUGUCAGCCCUCUGGGUAGUUAACGGGCCGACCAUUUUAACGCUGCACUCAAAUUAUGUAUUCCUUACUUCCAACUUAUGAUACAGUUUCUCUUUGUUUUACACAUGAAGACUGUUACAAAAAACUUUUUGAAAAGAAGAAAAAUGUAAAUUCUGUGAGGUAUUAUUUUGCCAUUAUGUGUCCUUUUUGCAUUUGAAGAACAGAGUUAUUAUUCAAAUGUCUUGGUCGAACAUUUUCAAAGCCAUUCCAGUGAUCUUAGCCACUUCCAUUGUACACAAUCUUUAUUUUCAUUGUGCACAUCAAGCCAUAAUUUUGUCUUUAAAGAAGAGAGUAUAUUUACGUUUGUAUCAACAUCAGUCAGUACUGUACAAAAAGGAAGAACUAUGAACAUAUGUACAUAUCCCUUUUUGGCUGCUGCAAUUUGUGCAACUCCUUAAAAAUGUUAUGUUGUGCUUAAUGCAAUCAAAGUGAGUGCCUGGAAUUUAAAAUGUUCUUUAUGUGCAGAUUACAAGAUUUAUGAAAAUGCAGGGAAUUUGUAAACACAGUAUACACACAGUUACAUAAUACUUGCAUUGACAUUAAAUCUGAGUGGUAAGCCUAGUCAAACCAAGUCAACAACAUGAGAGACUGGUGGCAUUGCUCUUUGUAAUGAUACUUGUACGUAGAAAAAUCUUGGAACAGUUUACGUAAAUUUGAUGUGAAUUUACUUGCAGUUCCAUCAGUUUGUGUGCUGUUUGUGUUAAGGGAAACACCACUAUUGAGCAUACAGUGUAGCAUAGCACCAUACACAUUCACGCCUUAAACAGUGUACUUGCUUUAGGUAUAGUGGAGUUUGUUCAAAUGUUACUGUAGAAAAAAGACACAGUGAUUAGCCCAGUGUUUCACAGAAACAAUUUGGUGAAUAUAUUUAGAGGUUUAGGCUGUAGGAGAAUGCACUUUAUGGGUGGUUUUGUGAGAAAUUGUUACAUUUAUUUAUAAGAAACAUUGUAAAAAAAUUGUUGAAGUGAUCUAGAGUUGUCUUAAAAUAGGUUUUUGAUUGCCUAUAAAAAUACACAACGCUGACCAGGUUCUUGCAGGCUACAGCUAAUUCACAUUAAUACUUAAGCCUCUCUUUAUACUUCUGAAGUCAUGACAUAAACAGAUGGCAAAGAAAGGGCAUAGGGAAAUCUAUGGAACCAAAUAAGGGUCAAAAACAACGUGCUUGUGCUAAUUACCUUAAGUUUUAACUUGUUUGUUUAUCUGCUCUUGUAAACCUGCUCAGCAUGACUCCAUAUCGUGAAUGUGUCAUUGCAGAAAUAAUGGGGCACUUGUAAAAGAAACUCAAAAUAAAUCAAUGGUUAGGAUCUGUAAAAGAAUCCUUAUGUAGGAGUCCAAGUUAUCUAAUCUCUUCCUGUCACAAUGGCAAAUUCCAAGUCCUGUCAAAAGCUUCAUUUCCACCUAGCGGUCUGGUUCAUUUGGUUCAGUAUGCAACUAUUUGGGUUUCCAUUGUCAAAAGUAGGGGUUGACUGAUGUCGAUUUUCAGGCCAAUACAGACAGAUUGUCAAUAGUUUCUAAGACCAAUAACCAAUAUUUAGGAUGGUUCUUCUCUUUUUUUUCUCUCUUACCUCAUAAAAAAUGAGGGAUUAGAGGGAGGUAGAGCCUCAGCCCAGUCAGUCAGGGCACCUCACCCUGUCUCUGCCUCUCCUGUCUCUCUUUUUUUCUUGUGAAGUUUUAUGUGAAAUGUAUGCACUAGGAAUAGUUGUCCUAAUGUGGUGGCCAAUCCAAACCAAGCUGUGCUGAUUUACUUUUCCAUCAUCAGUUUGGUUGACAGAGCUUCACAAAACUGCACCAAGAAUAGUCCUGCUCUGGUCAAACCAACUAGAGCCAAGUUGCUCACUGUAAUGGAAAAGCCCUAUAUGAAUCAUGCUAGGGUUAGCCGUAUCAGCUUGUCACUGCCGGAAGCUUGCAUGUAUUGAGCAUGGUGACAAUGCUGAUUGGGCUGUGAUGGCCAAGUGGUGGGGUAGGUGAGAUAAAAAAUGUCUCUGCAGGGCACAGGUGGCAGAAUGGAUAAGGUGUGUGCCCCAUGUACGCGGGCGGCCCAGGUUCGAAUCCGGCCUGAGGCCCUUCACUGCAUGUCUCUCCCCACUCUCUUCCCUGUUUCCAACUCUAUCCACUGUCCUCUCCUCUAUCAAAUAAAGGCACAAAAUGCCCAAAAAUAAACCUUAAAAAAAAUGUCUCUGUGCUGGUAUGGUAGGCAAUAAGAGCUAGCUCUGGGAUCCUGGAGAAUGGCUGUUUAGUCCUCUGGAGGUGUCAUAGGACUACUUGGAUGAAACAUUGGCGAUGAGAGGUUCCCACUUGACAACCCUGGCAGUGUGCUUUCUUCUUGCCUGACCCUGUGGUCUACGCAGUUUAUUCGUGGAUCUCUCCACUGAGCAGCGGACUGGUGAUUGGUAAAAUAAAACACUAGAAAAAAUUAUUUGCCAAAUGCUGAAUAACAAUCAGGGCAAUAACCGGUCAACCCCUAGUCAAAAGAGGGAAAGGUACCAAAGUAACCAGUCUGUACCAUCCUUCUUUUUGGCACCCUUCUGUUGGGCUACCAAGCCUACCUAUCUGUCAGUCAAGGGUGUAGUUAGACACUCUGCAGUCAGCUGAAUGGUCAAAAAACUUGUCAAUUCAAAUGUGACAGCAGUAAUAACUGAUAAGCAAAACAUGAAGACCCCAUCCUGGAUUCUGCCCACCAGUUAAGGGUAUUGUUGGCUGUGGAAAUGCAACACCAUCAGGAUUUACCAUAUCAAAUUGGACCAAAGGCGCCAAACCAACAUGAACUGCUAGAUUCACAAGACUUAACUGCAUCUUCUUCAUCUCUUUGACCCUAUUUUGACUCCAUAGAAAUUUGACUGGCAAAAUCACAGCAGGCUGAAACAAAAGCUAUCAGAUCUGGAUUGAUGACAAUCGAAGAGAAUAUACAGGUCAAUCUAUGAGGUUGUACCUUGCAGAUACCUUGAUUGCUUCUUUUAAAGCAUGUCUGUAACAACCCAAAAUGAGACCAAUCAUCUCCCAGGCAUGAUCGAAACCACACACUUACACUUUGACGUAUACUUUUUAAGGGCUAUUCCAUCUUAUUGUAUGUUUACUAAUUUUGAAGAGUUGAGAUAAAUGGCCCUUGGAUUAUUUCAAACCGGGUAGCAGCAACAAGCUUUAAAAUACUUUACUUCCCUCCAACUGAAGAGUUUCUAAAUUAAAAAGAAAACUAUAUCAUGUAAUUGCCAAAGUCCCAAUUAUAGUUUGUGUUUGAUUAUGUUGUCUCAUUGUUUUUGAGGCUUGUACUGUAAUGAUAUUGUUACCAAAUUGUUUCAGUGUUGGACUGUAAUUAUGUUUAUGAUAGAGAAAACGUGCUAUCUUUGCUAAAAAGUUUAAAAAGAGUCCUCUUAUAAAAUAUAUUGGAAUGCCAGUUUAAGAGUAUAUUUGAAUGUGUCCAUAUGGAAGCCAGUAAAUGGUAUUAUUGUAUGUUCAGUAACUUGAAUGACUUUUAAUAACUUAUAUGUUUGCAACUCAUAGUUGACAUACUGGUAUAAUGAAUGUUUCUAUGGUAUUCUUUGUAUUGUCAGGACUGACUUACCUGUUUAGAGAUUUAUAUUUUCAUAAAUGUUGUACUUACAUUUUGUUACAGAGUUGUUUAACUGGAAUUCAAACAGAAAAGAAACUUAUGUCUGAAGCAAUAUGAAACUAGUGUGUAUGCAUUGUUUGUAUGAAACAUUUUAAUGUAAUAAAAUGGUUCAC